UAAAAAAUUCAAAUCCCAUAAACACGACUGCCCCUGUGAAACAUGCGUUCCUCGUUUUUGCACUUACUUAUGCCGCUCCUUGGGAAUACCUUGUGAUGACUUGAGCUACAGUGUUUGCAGGGAUAGGAUUAACUACUUGAAGAGAUACGUUCUGAACGAUAUUCCUUCCUGCUCAGAUCUCCUCACUUCAGACAACCUCUUUGCGCUCUCAUCACUCGGCUACAAUAUGAGCAGACUGCAGAUUCCCUCUUUUGGCAGGAGGAAAAAUACUCCCCCAGUCAUUCCUGCUGCUGGGGCGACCUCCUCUCCAGCGUCGGCUUCUUCUUCAGCCACCAUAUCUGACACUGUCCCGAGCGCAGUGGCUACUAACCCUGCUGCCAGCGCCCCUGCGGCCAACCAGAACGCGCCCUCCCCAGCUACCAUAGCUCCUGCUGCUGCGGGGGGCGGUCGGGACAAAGAGCGAGGCAAAAGGCCUCAUCCUGACAGUGAAAUCGACCCUGAGGAGGAGCCUCUUAUUAGAAGGACCCGAGUCUCUGGGCCGGGUACUCUCUUGCACCGAGCGAUCAGAGCUCCUUCUCACUCUGGGCCUCCUGCAGCUGGUGGCUCUGCUUCUGCUUCAGGCCCCCCUUCUAUCCCCAGCUUGCCGCCAUGGGCCCCUCGGUACACUCGAACGGAUGGGACGUUCGUGAAACCGAACGAGACCAUGCUGAAGGAUGGCCAGACCGCUAUGGCCUACUACAGGAGCAUGUGGACUCCGAAGGACAUUGAGGCGGCAAAGGGCCUUUCCCAGAAGGACGUGUUCAGUCGCUUUCCCCAAUCUGCUAUGGAGACAUUGUUCGGGAUGAUGGCCAUGCAGAAGCAGGUGGAAAUGGGGAACGCCAGGGCCCGAAAGUAUUCUGACAGCCUGGAGGUGGCUAAUAAAGAGAACGACCUCCUUGCCAUGAAGAAUACCGAGGUGCUGGUUCGGCUUGACAAAGCCGAGCAAGAGAGAGAUGUCCUGAAAAAGGAGAAUGAUUCCCUUCAGGAUGAGAAGGACGCCCUCCAGCUCGAGAAGAGGGUCUGGCAGACUGAGCAGGAAUCACUCAGAGAAGAGAAGGCAGAACUCCAACGUCUUCUAGCUAAUGAACAAUGGAACACCUCCUUCUCCGACCGGAAGCGGAUGCGAAACUGCGGGUAUUUGCCGAUGCUGUAA